CAGAGGGGGUGGGGCGCACGCCGGAGCCUAAGUGAGGUGGGAGCACGAAGAUGUCUGCGGCCGAGGAGGAGCCGAAGCACAAAAAGCUGAAGGUGGAGGCGCCCCAAGCGCUGAGUGAAAAUAUUCUCUUUGGAAUGGGAAAUCCUCUUCUUGACAUCACUGCUGUAGUGGAUAAGGAUUUCCUUGAUAAGUAUUCUCUUAAGCCAAAUGACCAAAUCUUGGCUGAAGACAAACACAAGGAAUUGUUUGAUGAACUUAUAAAAAAAUUCAAAGUUGAGUAUCAUGCUGGUGGCUCUACCCAGAAUUCAAUUAAAGUGGCACAGUGGAUGAUUCAGCAGCCAUACAAAGCAGCAACAUUUUUUGGAUGCAUUGGGACAGAUACAUUUGGAGAGAUCUUGAAGAAAAAAGCUGCUGAAGCCCAUGUGGAUGCUCAUUACUAUGAGCAAAAUGAGCAAACAACAGGAACUUGUGCUGUGUGCAUCACUGGUAGCAACAGGUCCCUUGUGGCUAAUCUUGCUGCUGCCAAUUGUUAUAAAAAGGAAAAACAUCUUGAUAUGGAGAAAAACUGGACAUUGGUAGAAAAAGCAAGAGUUUAUUAUAUAGCAGAAGCUGCCACUUUUGCUAGAGAGCAAGGCUUUGAGACGGAAGACAUUAAAGAGAUAGCCAGAAAGGCACAAGCUCUACCAAAGGUGAACCUGAAGAGGCAGCGAAUCGUGAUUUUCACCCAAGGGAGAGAAGAUACUAUAAUGGCUACAGAAAGUGAAGUCACCGCUUUUUCUGUCUUGGAUCAAAACCAGAAAGAAAUUGUUGAUACCAAUGGAGCUGGAGAUGCAUUUGUUGGAGGUUUUCUGUCUCAACUGGUCUCUGACAAGCCCCUGACUGAAUGCGUCCGUGCAGGUCACUAUGCUGCAAGCGUCAUAAUUAGGCGGACUGGCUGCACUUUUCCUGAGAAGCCAGACUUCCACUGAUAGAAAAGCAGGAAACCCAAGCCCAGGAGUAUAGACACUGCCUUGAUUGCUUCCUGAGAAUUCCCAUAUUAAUAAAGAAGAAAAUUAUCUGCCUUCUUUUCCUACUAUAAUAAUAUUCAUUCCUAAUUUAGGGAAUACAGUAAUGCUCAGUAGAAUCUUUAUUCUCUCAACAACCUAAAAAAAUAAUGUCAAUUUCCAUAGUUUGAUAGUGCCACUUAAAUGUUGAUUAAACAGGAAUAUAACAUUUCAAUGGAAAUUUUUAUUUUAUUUUCAAUUACUUUGUAAAUUCAUGUGUAUUUAGCAAAUUGAUCAGUUUUUACAUUUCUGCUUUGAAUGCAGAUGCAAUUUAAUAUAAUAGAUUUUUAAACAGGAAUUAAUUCUAACACAUCAAUCUUCAGCUUUUUAUACAAGUAUAUUUAAUUUAGGAGUGUGUGUAAGUGUAUAUGUACGUGUGUAUAUGCAUACGUAUACGUAUACCACAUAGAUAAAUGAUAAAUGGUCAAAUAAGGUAGAGAAAUAUGUAUCUUGCCAAGUUAUGCCAAAUAAUCUCUUUAGCACAUACUCAAACAUGUAAUAAACUUUGGAUAAUUAAAUAAUUUGCCAAAUUAUGUUAUAUUACAGUAUUCAAAUUAUAAUCUUAUAUUUACCUAUGAUACUCUGUGAUUUGAUACAAAUAAAAACUUACCAUAUGGGAAUUUUUUCUGUCUUUGCUCUGUGCUCAAUAAACUAAGGAAGUAAGAUCAUUAUUUAAUAUUAGGCCCCAAAAUGAUAUCUAAUUCAUUGAUGGUAAUAGAAAGAACAACAUAAUACAUUGAAAAAGAAAUUAGUAUUUGAAACCGGUAAGUCACUGUUUUAAGGAAAACGGAAUUGCAUAA